AUGCCUCUCCCUUUCGGCGUGUAUAGAGCGGAUCACGUAGGAUCGUUCCUACGCCCCAAAACCGUCCUGGAUGCCCGCGAGGCGGUUGCCAACGAAACCUCCGAUCUCGCUGAACUCCGUAAAGUCGAAGACAAGGCGGUUGCCGAUGUGGCUGCCAAACAGAUCCAGAAUGGAAUCCGCUCCAUUACCGACGGCGAGUUCAGGCGAGCCUACUUCCACCUCGACUUCCUGCAACAUCUGUCGGGUAUCGAGAUCAAGGGCCAAACCGGACUCAUCCGACCUCACGGUUUCUCGCCUCCAGUCCUUGCUGUGACAGGCAAGCUGGGCCACCCAAAAUCCAUUCAAGUCGACGACUUCAAGUUCCUCGAGCAAGUCAUCAAGGACAACGGCGGCGCGGCUACCACGAAAGUGUGUAUUCCCAGCCCCACCAUGGUGCACUUCCGCGGAGGGCGCGCUAGCAUAGACAUCGACGCAUACCCAGACCUAGACCCUUUCUUUGAGGAUCUUGCACGCGUUUACCAAGAAGAGCUGGACUCUUUGUACCAAGCCGGCUGCCGCUUCGUUCAGCUCGAUGACACAAAUUUGGCAUACCUGUGCGAUCCAGAUAUGCGGAAACAGGCCGAGGACCGCAACGAGAACCUCUCCACGCUUCCCCGAAAAUACGUUGAGCUCAUCAACGCCGCCAUCUCAAAGAGACCUUCGGACAUGAAGAUCGGUAUCCAUCUAUGUAGGGGCAACUACCGUAGCAAGUGGUUUGCAUCCGGUGGCUACGAGCCCGUCGCCGAGGUCCUAUUCAAGGAACUCAACGUUGACGCAUACUUCCUAGAGUACGACGACGCGAGGAGUGGGGAUUUCAAGCCCCUUCGCCAUCUGCCAGACCACAAAGUCGUCGUGUUGGGACUAAUGUCUAGCAAGAAGAACACACUCGAUGACAAGAGCGAGAUUAUCGAGAGACUGAAGCAGGCGGCAGAGGUUGCCCCCAAGGGUUUGGAGCAGCUGGCUUUGAGCCACCAGUGCGGUUUCAGUUCGACGGUGGAAGGUAACGAGUUGACCGAGGAAGAGCAGUGGGCUAAGGUCAGGCUUAAUGUAGAAAUUGCAAAGGAGAUCUGGGGUGAUGAUCUCAGCAAAUAG